GGUCGGCAAGAUGGUGGCGCGCAGGAGAAAGCAUGCUUCGCUGGAAGCUGAAGAACAGCUGCCCAGCCCGCCGGGCUACACAGCCAUUCCAGUCAAGUUCUCGGAAAAGCAGCGGGCUUCUCAUUACCUCUACGUGAGAGAGCACAGAGUCCGAGCAGGCACUCAGUCCACCUGGCCACAGAAGCGGACUCUUUUUGUCCUCAAUGUGCCGCCGUACUGCUCAAAGGAGUGUCUGUCCCGCCUCCUCUCCCCCUGCGGCCCCAUCAAGUCUGUGGAGUUACACGAGAAGCCGGACCUCGCCGAGAGCCCUAAAGAGCCCGAGUCGAAGUUCUUUCACCCCAAGCCCGUCCCGGGGUUCCAGGUGGCCUACGUGGUGUUCCAGAAGCCCAGCGGCGUGUCGGCUGCCUUGGCCUUGAAGGGUCCUCUGCUGGUCUCCACAGAGAGUCACCCCGUGAGGACUGGAGUGAACAAGUGGAUCAGCGAGUACACAGACUCAGUGCUGGACCCCGAGGCCCUGAGGGCUGAAGUGGACACGUUCAUGGAGGCAUACGACAAGAAGAUCGCUGAGGAGGAGGCCAAGGCCAAGGAGGAGGAGGGUGUCCCUGACAAGGAGGGCUGGGUGAAGGUGACACGCCGUGGCCGGCGGCCCGUGCUGCCCCGGACAGAGGCCGCCAGCCUGCGGGUGCUGGCGAGGGAGAAGCGGAAGCGAGCCCGCAAGGAGCUGCUCAACUUCUACGCCUGGCAGCACCGCGAGAGCAAGAUGGAGCAUCUGGCGCAGCUGCGUAAGAAGUUCGAGGAGGACAAGCAAAGGAUCGAGCUCAUGAGGGCCCAGCGCAAGUUCCGCCCCUACUGAGC